GUGAGGAAAAGACGAGCUGAAGCCGGGCCCGGAGGGGGACGCGCCGAGCGGCGGGUGCAGUCAUGGCAGACUACUGGAAGUCACAACCAAAGAAAUUCUGUGAUUACUGCAAGUGCUGGAUAGCGGACAAUAGGCCUAGUGUUGAAUUUCAUGAAAGAGGAAAGAAUCAUAAGGAAAAUGUGGCAAAGAGGAUCAGUGAGAUUAAACAGAAAAGCUUGGAUAAGGCAAAGGAAGAAGAAAAAGCAUCAAAGGAGUUUGCUGCAAUGGAGGCGGCUGCCCUGAAAGCAUACCAAGAGGAUUUGAAAAGGCUUGGCUUAAAGUCAGACAUUUUGGAGGAAAGCGUAUCACCAGUAACCAGCACUGUCCCACCUCCUCCUUCAUCAAGUCAACCGAAAGAAAAAAAGAAAAAGAAAAAAGACUCUUCAAAGGACCGAUGGAUAGAAGGCUUACCUUCUGAGGGUUACCAUUACUAUUAUGAUCUUACCACAGGAGCAACUCAGUGGGAGAAACCUGAAGAAUUUCAAGGAAGCCUAAAAAAGACAGCAUUGAAGACUGUUUGGGUCGAAGGAGUAAGUGAAGAUGGGUAUACCUAUUAUUAUAAUGCAGAAACAGGAGAAUCCAGAUGGGAAAAACCUGAUGAUUUUAUUCCACUAUCUGGCGGUUCACCUUCUAGUAAGGUCAGCAAAAAGGCACAUGGCACCCUAGAAGAUUCCAAAUCAACAGAUUCACAUAGUGAUUCUGAUGAGAAAAAGGAAGCAGAGAAAGGAGAAGUCUCAACAGAAACACAAAAACAGAAAAUAAAGUUUACGAUAAAAAAGAAAAGUAGUAAUGAUAAAGGAAAUGAAUCAGGAACACAAAAAGGUAGAAAAAGCCAGGAACAGAAUUCAUCCAUUUCUAAAGAAGAAAAGCCGAAAGUUCAUAAAAAAACAACUCCUACUCCAUAUGGACAAUGGCAAGAAAUUAAACAAGAAACUGAGUCUCAUGAAGAGGUAGAUUUGGAACUUCCAAGCACUGAAAAUGAGUAUGUGACAUCUUCAGAAGUUGAUGCUGAUGGGGAACCCGACGUGGUAUUUAAAGAAAAAACAGUCACCUCCCUUGGAGGCAUAGCAGAUGGAGUAGCCCCGGUCUUCAAGAAGAGAAGACUUGAAAAUGGGAAAUCUAGAAACUUAAGGCAACGAGGUGAUGAUCAAUAGUUGUGAUUUUGAACAGAAUGGAAACUAUACAUCUUAAAACCCCUCUGUGUUUGUUUCUGAAUACUUCUGUGCUUAAAAGUUUAGAUUUAUUCUAAAUGUAUUUUCUGUAAAUUUAAAAUAAAUCUUUCAUGUGAAACUUAUUUUUCUUCCUAAAAUGGAAGGUCUGCCACAUGGCAUUGUAAUAUGAUGUAUUAUGUUCAGUGGCUAAAAAUUGCUAAUUAUGUCUAAAAUAGAUACUAUAUCUUUAAAAAUGGGAAAGCAAGGUCUUUAUUCUUUCUUGUAUGAGCAUACUUAUGUAGCACUGAAACUGAAUUAUUUCUGUAUAUUGGUGAUAACUU